AUGAGCAGGCGGCUCUUCAGGCUCUCCGGUUUGCGCGGUGGCCCUGCAUCAUCCGUACCGCAGUUAUCAUUAUCAUCUUCCAUCUCUUCCUGGACACCAGCACGGUUCUUCUCUUCGUCCUGGCCGGCGCUGUCGAAGAUGUCACCUUUGUCGCAAGCUUCAGCGGAAGCUAUUGCACGACUCAGGGCAUAUGUCCCUCCACCAACCAACUACAAUUCUGUGCCACUGAGUCGCAGAGCCGCAGUCUUGGUUUUGCUAUAUGCUGACCCCAAAGGGGAUUUGCGUGUGGUCCUCACCAUUCGAGCGAAGACCCUGAGCUCAUACGCUGGCCAGGCUGCUCUUCCAGGAGGUAAAGCAGACUCGGUGAACGAAACAGCCUUCGAGACUGCUCGACGGGAAGCUGCGGAGGAGAUUGGCUUGCCCGACAUAGGGCAGCCCUUUUUCCCCCCAUUUCGGGUUGAGCAUCUGUGUGAGCUCCCGGCAAAUCUAGCAAAGACGGAGCUCGUUGUCCGGCCCUGUGUGGCAUAUCUGCAUUCAUUCGACGAGAAGACAGGCUUGAAUGCCGACCCGGAGGUCGCUCUGAUUCCCCGACUAGAUGCCAAGGAGGUUGCAGCUGUUUUCACUGCGCCGUUUCAUAAUUUCCUGAUGAUGCGGGAUGAGCAGCAGCCUGGGGGAGAUGACCAACAGCUUCCCGGUAAACCCGAAGACUGGUAUCGCGGAUCGUGGACAACGUGGCAUGAAUCUGACUGGAGAAUGCAUCAAUUCUUUGUUCCCAUUACGGAAAAAAGCGUCACUAAGCCCAGAACCGGCCGCCGCGCGCAGAAUGCGGCCGUCGACAAACUCGAGGAGCAAGAAAAAGCAGGGAAGCUCACGCGAUACAAAGUGUUUGGCAUGACGGCUCGGAUUCUGGUCGAUGCGGCCAGAGUCGCGUAUGACCAGGAGCCGGAAUUCGAACACAACAGCCACUUCGGGGAUGAAGAGAUGAUCGCCAAGCUCCGAAAGAUUGGCCGGUUAGGCGCGAUCAAGAGGCCCGGAGAGGAGCUCACACGCGAGACUAUGGAGAAAGCCGCGAAGCUGAGUUGA